UUAUAAUAAUGUUUUGUGCGUUUAUAUAUAUUUCUAUGUGAUUAAAAAUUUAAUACUAUUCGCAUUAUUUUCAUUUAAAUAGCCUUAAUCGCGAAAUAUACAGUAUAUUGAGCCAAUAUGACCAUAAAUUAUUCUACUUUGAUGUUCAUAUCAGUUCUUAAUAAAACAUACAGAAUAAUGUAUCGUUUUUACUAAUCACUCUUUGUUUCUCAGUCACAACUUCAUGAUAUCAAUAAAUAUUUAUAAAAAAAUUCAAGAACAAUACAACAUUCGUGAUUUUACAAAUGGUCAGUAAAUUUUAAAUUUAUCUGAGGCAAGUUCUAUAACAAGUUAGAAGUGUAUAACGAGUAAAAAUCUGUUAUUGCUGGUUAAGUGGAUUCUCCGGCGAUUUUUGCCAUUCUUUGAAAAUCAUUUGCUUCAAUUGAGAUAAUCUAAGACUUGGAUUUUCCUCUUUGAGUUCUUUAAGCCUUCUUUCUUCAUAGGCAGUGUAAGCAGCUUUCAUUCUCUUCUCAGGGUGCUUAUCUGCAUCAUCCUUAUUACUGCAAAUAUAACGAGAGCUUCAUCUACUGUCCUAGCUUCCUCUCCUUCAAUUUGUAGCCUAUUGAUGUUUUCUACUAACGGAGCAUCCAAAUGAGUUUCAAUUUUCUUCUCCUCUUUAUCAGGCUUGGCCGAUUGAGUUGUUUUAGUGCUAAUUUGAGCUCUCGUAAUUUUCGGAGGUGGCGCUGAUUUUGCUGCUUUCUUGGAGGCUUCGCUCAUUUCUCUCUCCAGCAGGGCUUUCGCUUCUGCCUUACGUAGAAGCGCCUCUUGCUUCUUCUUCUCCUCAGCCUCCUUUCGUUGUUGUUUCUUUUGCACUUGCUUGUCGUCGUCUUUCCAAUACGCAUCCUCUACUUCUUUUUGUUUCUUAACAGCUGCGUCAUCUUUGGCCUGCUUCUUUCGGUCCCUUGCCGCGACCGCUUUUGUAUUUUCCGUUGCGAAUUUUUUAGGCAUUUUCUAUAAAGUUUCCACUUGGUACUUUUCGGAAAAGGUCCAAUUGAUAUAAAUUUUUUGUUAUGACAGACGAAAGUGACAGUGACAGUGUUGACAUUGACAGCGAGUGGUAGUGCGUACGCAACCGAUUUAUUUUGGAACAUAUUUUAUUUAUAAUUAUGCGAAAAGAAUGACUAUUCGGAAUUUGAGGUAGUUUAUUUGUCAGCUACUUUGCUAUUUAAUAUUUAUUUGCAUUUAAAAAAUGCUAUGGAGAUUUUUGAUUUGUCAUGUGUCAUGUGCGAGUGUUACUCUGAAGUACAGUAGAGUUGAAUAAACGAACAAAGCUAGAUAAAUUCGAGGAAGUGUCAUUGCGUUAACAAUAAUCACAGUUAUUUGAAAACAGAAAUGUGUCAGAUUAAAGAUAUAAUAGUUUUAAGUAGUUUUUUAUAUUUAUAUUGGUUGUAAAUUAGUAAAAUUUUAAAUUAUAUUCAAAUCAGUGUUUGUGGUUGCGUAUUUUCUACUUGUUGACUUGUUAUCUCGUCUGAGUGUGCUAGGUAAAUCUUUGCAAUUUGCAACAUUCUUUCGCCAUUAAAUAGUACUAAUUUAAGUAGGAUAUUCUCUCUAAAUUAUUUAUUAGUAAGGAGACAAAGAUGUGGAUGCCCACCCAUGUUCAAGUGACUGUUCAAAAGGCAGAAAAAUUGCUGUUGAAAGGCAAAAAUAACACUAACGACUGCUUCGUAACUAUUGCCCUGGGAAAAACGAAAUAUCAAACAUCGGUGAAAGAAAAAUCUGCACAACAAGUUGAAUGGCACGAAGAAUGUGAACUCCCGAUACCCGAUCAAGGAAACACCGCUGAAAUAAUUUUAACUGUUUUACAUCACAAUUACCUCGGCAUCGACGAAUUCCUAGGUCGCGUAACAAUCCCUUUAAACACUUUAGACGUGUACGAAAGGCCCAAAAAUAAAUGGUUCACUCUGCAAAGCAAACCAGGAAAAUCCUCCAAGAACAAGGAGCGCGGCCAGUUGGAGGUUCGAAUCGGAUUCACCGUGAAAUCGGGCAGUUUGACGAGCCUGAACAAGAAGGAGAAGCACCGGUCCUCCAUCGGGCAGCUGUCCCACGUUGCCCAAUCGGUCGGCGGCAGCCUGAUGAGCCUGGGCAGCGCCGAAAAGCGGAAGGGCAUCAAGAAAUUCGCCAAAUCCAUCGGCACCAAGAUGAACUUCAAAGGCAAGAAAAAAGGCGGGAGCGACGACGGAUCUUCCAUCGGGAGCGUCGGGAGUCUGACGAUGAGAAACGGCGAGGAUAGAUUUAAGAGCAAGCAGUCGUUCGAAGACGCUGAUCCUGGUGUUGUCAGUGAUGAUGAUGAUUUUACUCUGGACGAUCUGUCGCACAAGAGUUCAGCGAGUUCGUUGAAUCAAACGGCUUCCAACAACAGAACAGCAUCUCCUAGUUUAAAAACCCCUUCAGUAGAGAAUGUUAUACCGUCCGAUGUUAAUCGAAAAGGUUCUCUCAACAUCCCACCCGUGAAACCACCUCGAUUAGAGCAAAAGUCUCAUUCGCAAGACGAGUGGGAGUCUAAAUUAAUUGGGAAUAAACCGAGACCUACUCUAAGACCAGGCAGUACGGAGUCCCUGAACCGCAGGUCGUGGGAUUCUUCGAAAGUAGCAUCACAAAUAGAAGAAGAACCGACGGAAUUGCUGGAUGUUCCGUUGAGCAAAUUGGAUACCAUCAGCUUGAAAUCCAAUAAAUCGCCGGAAACUCCCCGAAAGGAAGUAAAAGAGGGGAUGUUUUCGAAGCUGAAGAACUUCAGAAAAGAUAAAUCUGAAUUUAACCACGAUCAGAGUAAGCCUAGUAGUAAUGCAAGUGAACGAAUCAUUAUAGGAGGAGAGAACGAAUCGAAAACGCCUGUCCAAAACAGUCGCGUCUCAAACGAAUUGCUACAAAAAUUCGAGGGCAAAACCAGAGAAGAUUUGAUUUUGGCUUUGGUCGAUAGCCAGACCGACUUGGAGAAGCAGAAGAAGAAGCUGAAAGAUCUGGAAGACUAUUUGGACGAUUUGCUGUUGCGCGUUAUGGAAACCACACCCCGGAUAUUGCAAAACCCUUAUGUCACUUGCAAAUUAGAAGCACACAAGAAAAUAACGUAA